GGUCCCACUGGCCACCCAGCCUGCUUGUUGUUUGUUGUUGCAAAAAAGUGUGUAGGUCGCCGCCAGUGAUCGAAUAAUUUAAAGUUCCAAUCAAAUUGGAUAAUUGCGGAACGGCAAAAAACCCUAAACGUUACUCUGGGCGCCUGGCGAACAUUUACCUCUGAAUAAAUAGGCCAAAAAUUGGAGCUGCAAUACCCACUGGAAAUUGGCACAGACUGGAAAAUCAAUCACCCGCUACAUCUGUGUGCAAGUGUGUGUGUGUGUGUGCCUUUGUGAGGCGGCUGCACUUAAUUGAAAUUUAAGUCAAGACCAGAGACAACCCAUUCAAAUUCGGAGUCUUUGCGGGGCGUUGGCUUUCACUCGACGACGAGGGCACCUCGAUAAGGCGACCCAGUGAAAGCUGGCCAAGAUCUCUUUGUUCAAGGUCUUUGGCAGCGGCAGCGGUGCAUCACCAUAACAAUGGCCAUCAGCUUUGAGAAGAAUCGGUCUGAGAUAGUGGCCGCCUGGAAGGAUGUGCUGGACGACAAGAGCGCCACGAAUUGGUCACUUUUCGGCUACGAGGGCCAGACCAACGAGCUCAAGGUGGUGGGCACCGGCGACGGCGGCGUGGAUGAGCUGAACGAAGACCUCAACAGCGGCAAGAUCAUGUACGCCUUCCUCCGCAUCGAAGACCCCAAAACGGGCCUCAACAAGUACUUACUCAUCAACUGGCAGGGCGAGGGAGCACCUGUGCUGCGCAAGGGCACCUGUGCCAACCACAUACGCGACGUGUCCAAUCUCCUCUCCGGCGCCCACCUCACCAUCAAUGCCCGCAACGAGGACGACAUUGAUCUGGAGCGGCUGCUCAAGAAACUGAGCACCGUGAGCUCCGCCUACAGCUUCAAGGAGCCGCGCGGCGCCAUGGAGGAGCAGAAGGCACCGGUGGGCACCAACUACACACGGGUCAUUCCCACCAAGGAGCUCAACGCCAGCGUCAUGCAGGACUUCUGGAAGAAGGAGGAGGCCGAGGAGAAGCUGCGCCAGCAGGCUGAGAAGGAGUCCAAGCGGCUGGAGCUGCAGAAACUCGAGCAGGAGCAACGCAGCCGGGAGGAGAAAGAGCACAAGGAGCGGGAGAAGCUGGUCAUAAGCACCACUAAGCUGCAGCCGGCGCACAUUCCCAUCAAAACCUCCCCGCAACCACUGAGUCCGGAGAAAACGGCACCGGGAUUUGCCAACAAUCUGACCGAUGCGGAGCGCAUGCGUCAGGCGAGGAACCAGGAGGCCCGCGAAUUGAUUGGCUCGCGUGUGGGAGCUGCCAAGGCCAUGUUCACCAAGCACACCAGCGAGGGUCAGCUGCAGUCCAAACUGAAUACGCAACCACCGGCGAAACCGGCUCGCAAUUCUAUUGCCCAGCGCAUUAAUGUCUUCAACCAGAAUCAGCCUCAAGAAGCACCUGUGCCUUCACCGCCACGCGCUGUGUCCCCUGCCAAACCGCUGCCCGUGGAGACUCUUGUCCCAGUAGCCCCUACUCCGGCUCCAGCUCCAGCUGCUGCUCCUGCUGCCGCUGCCGUUGCUGCUGUUCCGGUGGCUGCCGAAGUUGUCUCCACAAUCGCCGAAGUGGAGGAGAGCCAGCCCAUAGACGAUCUACCUUUGGCCCACGAAAGCGAGCAGUUCUCGACCAUCAAGCGGUCGCCGCACAGUAAAACCAACUCACUGCAGUCGCAGUCUCCCGACGAGACCACUUCCUCCAAUGAGACAGACACCGCUGUGUACCAAAAUCAGGAUGAGGAAGUGCGCACCAAGGUGUCGGUCACCGUGCAGCAAUCACAGUCUGCUAAGACGAGCGGCCUGAGCACUCUGGAGAGGAAUGCCCUGACGGAUUUGGUGAACGAGGACGAUUUCAUUUGCCAGGAGACCCUCGGGGAUCUGGGACUGCGAGCCCGGGCCCUGUACGAUUACCAGGCAGCCGACGAGUCGGAGAUCACCUUCGAUCCGGGCGAUGUCAUCACGCAUAUCGAUCAAAUCGAUGAGGGAUGGUGGCAGGGCCUGGGCCCUGAUGGAACCUAUGGACUGUUUCCGGCAAACUAUGUCGAGAUCAUCAACUAGGGAUCGCCCCAAGUGCCAAGCAGCUGGGACGCCCCUUUGCUAGAUAUCUACACCAACGCAGCUAGCCUCUAUAUUUUGGAUCCGGACUAUAGCUACUUAAACACUUUAACCCUACUCUUGAACAAUAAUGCGAUACACGUAGAGGAGAUGCAACGAGGUGACUAAAUGCGACUAUAAGAUUUUUAUCGUACAUCACGCGUCUGUUUUUUAACUACAUACAUAUUAUAUCACGUAUAUUCCAUGCCACAUAUGCGACCCAUUCAUAUACGUUGUUCCCAUUUGUAACCAUAUAUUAUUAUAUCAUUGUUUGGCCCCGAUAAGCGCGGCCGUGUUGCGUCCUUUUAAAAUGUUCUUAAGACACAUACAGAGUAACCACUUAGUCAGUAUUUAAGGCCCGCUCCAUUCCCGAUCCAGGGUUCUUUUGUAUAUGUAUUAUUGAUUGAGAUUUGUAGCCUUUUCGAUAAUAAAACUUUGAUAUUUGUGCAACAGAAA